UAUGAAAAUAUAGCAACCACCACAUACUAUAGUUCUAGAAAAGAAAUGGCAACACACCCUUUCUUUCCAUUCGUUUUUAUACCCUCACCCAACACAGAAGCAAUGUCAAACAGCUCCUUGUUAGCAUCAUCGCAGAGCCAGAGAGAGAAGAAGGAAUAAGCAAAGGAAGGCGAGGAGGAAUCAUGGAUUGCUGCAUCUGCAGCCCCAUGGCGACCAAGUACAGGCUUCCAAGGAACGCCAUCUGUGCUCCCUGCUAUGAAGGUGCCAAGGCCAUCAUCACCUUCCUGAACAACGAUGAACAAGAAGAAGAAGAAGAUGGCCAUGGUUCUGUCAGGUCCCGCGGAUUGAUGAAGCCUAACAGCACAACCAAGGGGAUGAGAGAUGCAUGGGAGGGGGUGAAGGAGAUGAGAGACAGGGAGGAGGAGACCACCCACAGGGCUGCCUACCUCCAACAAGGCUUGGCGCUGGCGUGGGAGGAGGGAAUCCACACCGAUAUCCUCGUCGAACCUGGCACUGGGGCCCCAAUCCCAGCCCACAAAGCCAUCCUGGCCGUGAGAUCGGAGGUGUUCCGUCACAUGCUGUCCUCCGACGAGCACUGCAAGGCCCCCGCCGGCGACUCCAUCUCCCUCCCGGAGCUCGCCCACGAGGAACUCUCCCUCUUCCUUGCCUUCCUCUACACCGGCGCCCUCGGCCAGGACCUGCCGGAGCGCCAGCUGCACGCGCUCCUCGUCGCCGGCGACAAGUACGACGUCCCGUUCCUGCGGAGGGCCUGCGAGGCGCGGCUCACGGCGCGCGUGGGGCCCCGGAACGUGCUCCGGACGCUGGAGGUGGCCGAGCUCAGCUCCAGCGCCGCGCUCAGGGAGCGCGCCAUGGGCGCGGUGGUGGAGCACGCCGAGCAGGUGGUGUUCUCGCCUGAGUACGACGACUUCGCCGUCCGGAACGCCGGCCUGUGCGUCGAGAUCACUCGGGCGCUGCUGGCCAAGAUGUCGAUGAGAACUGAAGCCCAAUGCGAAGAGCUAAUUGGAAGCUAAUUAUAUUGCAAAGAUCAUACGUGAGCUGAGCUCUUGCUUAGUUUUGAGCAAGUGACGUGUAAUCGAUGCAUGCAUGCAUCGAAGGUUACAUUUCUCU